AUGGGGCAAACGGGGAUCUUGGUUAUGGGUACAAGGACUUUAUGGAGAUUUGGAUACUCUGCCAGACUACUGAAAACUAAUCAUUUUAGGACAGCUGCAUCAAAUACAUCAUUUCCAGCAGUUUGGAUGCUGUUGGCUCAAUAUUCUGGCAGAAUACCUGGGCUGUUUGUAGUAGUUAAAAAAAAUAGCUUUUUUACAAUGCCUGAAACCCUGAAGGAUAAAGCUGUAGAACUGUACGCACCACAUCCUGAAGUGCGAGGGAUGACACUUCUCAACAGAGAAGCUUUUAAAAGGACAGUCGUUGUUCCAGUUCUUAAAGUCAAGAAAGAAAUUAUAAGUGUUUUGCUAAAGUCCCUAAAACACAUGGUACUACAGCGUCCUGGUCUGAAGCGAGUGGUGGAGGAUCCAGAAGAUGAGGACAGUAGAUUUCUUAUUUUGGAUCCUCAUAAAGUACCAGAAUUUUCACUGGGAGAACCAGAACAAGAGGUAUUAAAACAGCUCAGCGUUUGUCCUGAGGUGUCCAAAUAUAACUUGGAGCUGACUUAUGAGAAUUUCAAGUCAGAGGAGAUCCUACGAGCAGUCCUUCCUGAAGGUCAAGAAGUCACCUCUGGAUUUAGCCGUGUUGGUCACAUAGCUCAUUUGAAUCUUAGAGAUCAUCAGCUCCCCUACAGAUAUUUGAUAGGCCAGGUUAUAAUUGACAAGAAUCCAGGAAUCACCUGUGCAGUGAAUAAAACCAGUAUCAUUGACAGCACCUACAGGAACUUCCAAAUGGAAGUGCUUGCUGGAGAGAGCAACCUGGUAACCAAGGUCAAAGAAAAUAAUAUUACCUAUGAACUGGACUUUUCCAAAGUCUACUGGAAUCCACGUCUUUCCACAGAACAUGGCCGUAUCGUUGAGCUGUUAAAGCCUGGUGAUGUCCUUUUCGAUGUCUUUGCUGGGAUUGGACCUUUUGCUAUUCCAGCAGCAAGGAAAAAGUGCCAUGUAUUUGCAAAUGAUCUCAAUCCUGAAUCCUACAGCUGGCUCCUGCACAACUGCAAACUAAACAAAGUGGACAGCAAAGUAAAAGCGUUCAACAUGGAUGGCAGAGACUUCCUCCUGGGGCCAGUAAGAGAAGAACUAAGUAAAGAGCUCCCACUUCUGAAUGAAGAACAGAAAACAUCUUUCCAUAUAGUCAUGAAUUUGCCAGCUUUGGCUAUUGAAUUUCUAGAUGCCUUCAGGCAUCUUCUGGAUGGAGAGCCAUGCAGCACUGCUGCCCUUCCCAUAGUGCACUGCUACAGUUUCUCCAAGCAUGAUGACCCUGCCAAAGAUAUUCAAGAACGAGCUGGAGCUUCACUGGGAACCUCCUUGGAUGGACGCUGUUCUACUUACCUGGUUAGAAAUGUUGCACCAAACAAGGAGAUGCUGUGCAUUAGUUUCCAGGUUCCAGCAGAGGUGCUGUACAAGAGGCCCUGCCCCAGUGAAGCAAAACCAGCCUCUAAACGUCUGUGUACCAGCAAAGACUAUUCUGAAGAGAAGUUACUGAGUUGAAGACCUAGAGUUUUGGUAACUACCUGAGUAGUUUG